AUGAAGCUCCUCACCCUCCCCGUCCUCCUCCUUCCCAACCUCGCCUCGGCGCACUACAUCUUCCAGCAGCUGAGCUCCGGGUCCCAGACCUUCGGUGUGUAUGAAAACAUCCGCAAGAACACCAACCAGAACUCGCCCGUGACAGACCUUGACUCGGACGACUUGCGCUGUAACGUUGGCGGUGCGUCGGGCGCCGACACGACUGUGUGGUCUGCGAAGGCGGGUGAUGCGUUCACCUUCACCAGCGAUGUUGCUGUGUACCACCAGGGGCCUAUCUCGCUCUACAUGUCCAAGGCGGAUGGAUCUGUCAACGACUACGAUGGAUCGGGCGACUGGUUCAAGAUCUUCGACUUUGGUCCUGACUUCAGCAGCGGCCAGGCUGAGUGGCCGAUGAGGUCCACCUACGAGUACACCAUCCCCACCUGCAUUGCCGACGGCGAGUACCUUCUGCGUAUUCAGUCCCUCGCCAUCCACAACCCCGGCAGCACGCCGCAGUUCUACAUCAGCUGCGCUCAGGUCAACGUCACGGGCGGUGGAAGCACCACGCCGAGCGCCACGGCCAAGUUCCCCGGUGCCAUCCACGCCGAUGACCCGGGUUACACUGCCAACAUUUACAGCGACUUCACGUCGUACACGGUUCCUGGACCGGAGGUCUUCAGCUGCUAG